AUGUGUACCAAAAUCAAAGCAUGGAGUUCUAAAAAUCUGUAUUUUGCUGGUAGGCUAACCUUGGUGCAAUCUGUUUUGAUGACUAUUCAAACAUAUUGGGCUCAGAUUAUGAUUCUUCCCAAAAGUAUCUUCAAAUCUGUCAAUAGCAUUUGUAGAUGUUUUCUAUGGAAGGGUGUUGCUGAUUCUAGUAGCCCUGGUAAGGUAGCUUGGAAACAGUUGUGCAGACCAAAGAAUGAAGGUGGGUUGGGGCUUGUUAACUUAAAACUAUGGAACCUAGCUGCUAUGGGGAAACAUGUGUGGAUGAUUGCUACUCAGAAAGAUAAUAUCUGGGUUAGGUGGAUUCUCUCUGUAUACAUCAAAGGGGAGCAAUGGUGGGAUUAUUCCCCCAAGAACACAGAUAGUUGGUACUGGAGGUCUAUAUGUUAUGUUAGAGAUUUGAUGAAAGCCCAUCUGUCUGAGGCUCAGUUAUGUUCUAUUCAGAAAUACUCAAUCAAAAAAGCAUAUGGCAAGUUGAUUCUUCCUGCUGCUGCAAAAGUUUACUGGGCUAGUGUUGUGUGGUGUCGUUUAGGCCAAGCUAAACAUAGAUUUAUCACCUGGCUAGCUGUUUUAGAAAGAUUGAACACUAAAGACAGAUUAAGACAGUUUGGGUUGUCUAUGGAUGAUUUAUGCCUUCUGUGUGGUGCUACUACUGAGAACCAUAACCAUAUGUUCUUUGGCUGUCACUUUAGCUAUCAGUGUUGGUCUAAUAUUGCCAGUUUUCUGCACAUUAGUCUCACUAAUUGCAGUUUGCCUCAGUUGAUCAGAUGGAUUCACAUGAGGAACAUCUCAAAGUUCAGAAAAGGGGUGUAUUAUACCUUUGUCUGGUGUACUGUCUAUCAUAUAUGGAAAGAAAGGAACAAUUCUUUGUGGAACAAUCAGAUUAGCUGCAUAGAUAAAGUGUGUAGCAUGAUUAAGAGUCGUGCAUGUAAUAGGUUACAUUCUGUUUUGCCUAAAGUUCUUAGCACUAAGGAUAGUAGUUGGUUCUGCACCCUUGCUGAAGGGUAG